AUGUAUCAGACUUCCGUCCUCGCCUCUCUUUCAGCCCUGCUGGCUGCCACCAACGCCCAGCAGGUGGGAACUCAGACUGCGGAAACGCACCCCAAGCUGACGACCCAAAAAUGCACCACCGCUGGCGGUUGCACCGACCAAUCGACCUCGAUUGUGCUUGACGCCAACUGGCGCUGGCUGCACACGACGGAGGGCUACACCAACUGCUACACUGGCAACGAGUGGGACACCUCCAUCUGCCCCGAUGCCGAGACCUGCACCACUGCCUGCGCCCUGGACGGCGCUGACUACGAGGGCACCUACGGCAUCACCGCUGACGGCAACUCCCUGACGCUCAAGUUCGUCACCCAGGGCUCGUCCGGCGCCAACGUUGGAUCCCGUGUCUACCUUUUGGCCGAGGGCAGCGAGGACAAGUACGAGAUGUUCAAGCUCAAGAACCAGGAGUUCACUUUCGACGUGGAUGUCUCGAACCUGCCUUGCGGCCUGAACGGCGCCCUCUACUUCUCCGAGAUGGAGGAAGACGGCGGCAUGUCCAAGUACGAGACCAACAAGGCUGGCGCCAAGUACGGCACCGGCUACUGCGACACCCAGUGCCCGCACGACCUCAAGUUCAUUGCUGGCGAGGCCAACGUCCAGGACUGGGCGGCGUCGGACACCGACAAGAACGCCGGCACGGGCCACUACGGCUCCUGCUGCAACGAGAUGGACAUUUGGGAGGCGAACUCCCAGGCCAACGCCUACACGCCGCACGUGUGCUCCGACAAGGUCCAGGGCUCUUACAGGUGCGAGGGCACCGAGUGCGGCGACGCUCCUGACGAGCGUUACGACGGUGUGUGCGACAAGGACGGCUGUGACUUCAACCCGUACCGCAUGGGCAACCAGUCGUUCUACGGCGAGGGCAAGAUCGUCGACACGACGUCCAAGUUCACCGUCGUGACGCAGUUCAUCACUGCCGACGGCACUGCCGACGGCGAGCUGACCGAGAUCCGCCGCAAGUACGUUCAGGGCGGCAAGGUCAUCGAGAACUCCUUCGCCGACUACGACACCCUGGCCAAGUUCAACUCGGUCAGCGACGACUUCUGCACUGCGCAGAAGGAGCUCUUCGGCGACGAGAACUCCUUCAGCAACCUCGGCGGCAUUAAGAACAUGGGUGGCGCUUUUGAGCGCGGCAUGGUCCUCGUCCUCAGUCUGUGGGACGACCACACUGCCAACGCCCUCUGGCUCGACAGCAACGACCCCGCCGACGGCGACGCCUCCACCCCUGGUGUCGCUCGUGGUCCUUGCGGCACUGACACCGGCAAGCCCGACGAUGUCGAGGCGAACGACGCCGACUCUUCGGUCAUCUACUCCAACAUCCGCUACGGCGACAUUGACUCGACCUACAGCAGCAGCAGUAACAGCACCGCCUAA